AUUACAACUGAUGGGAAACCCAAGAUAAUUGAUAUAAUUGAUACAACAGGCAGUGGUGAUGUAACUACAUGUACCAUUGUAGAACCUAAAGAUGGGGAAAUUGCUGGUCUUUCUGGAAGAACUUUAAAGAUUCCAGCAAACUGGGUAAAUCCUUCAGGCAAAUACCACAUUGGCAUAAAAAAUGGCUAUGAUAUCUAUCCUAAAGCUCUCAAGGAGAGGAUUCAGAAAGAACGCAAGGAAAAGCUUUGGGAUCCUGUUCACAGACUGGCUCUAGCAGAGGCCUGUAGAAAACAAGAAGAAUUUAAUGCUGCUCAUAGCUCUCCCUCCCAGGUAAAUAAGCUAAUAAAGGAAGAACUUCAAAAUCAAGUGGAACUGUUGAAUUCUUUUGAGAAAAAAUACAGUGAUCCUGGCCCAGUAUAUGAUUGUCUAGUAUGGAAUGAUGGUGAAACCUGGAGAGCCUGCAUAGAUACAAGUGAGAUUGGUGACUUAACCAGCUGUACAGUGCUGAGAACCUACAAAGAGGCUCAGGAAUAUGGAACUUUUGGAACAUCAGAGAUGUUGAAUUAUUCCGUUAAUAUAUAUGAUGAUGGAAAUCUUCUUUCCAUUGUGACAAGUGGAGGUGCACAUGGAACACACGUGGCUAGUAUUGCAGCUGGAUACUUUCCAGAAGAACCAGAACGAAAUGGCGUGGCCCCUGGAGCUCAGAUUCUUGCAAUCAAGAUUGGUGAUACAAGAUUAAGUACAAUGGAAACUGGCACUGGUCUGAUAAGAGCUAUGAUAGAAGCAAUAAAAUACAAAUGUGAUCUUGUCAACUAUAGCUAUGGAGAGGCAACACAUUGGCCCAAUUCUGGGAGAAUUUGUGAAGUAAUUAAUGAAGCAGUGUGGAAACACAAUGUAAUCUAUGUUUCAAGUGCAGGAAAUAAUGGUCCUUGCCUUUCUACAGUAGGAUGUCCUGGUGGAACUACAUCUAGUGUAAUAGGUGUUGGUGCCUAUGUGUCACCCGACAUGAUGGUUGCUGAAUACUCUUUGAGAGAAAAACUGCCAGCAAAUCAAUAUACAUGGUCAUCCAGAGGGCCUAGCACUGAUGGAGCCCUUGGAGUAAGUAUCAGUGCCCCAGGAGGUGCUAUUGCUUCUGUUCCAAACUGGACUCUGCGAGGAACACAACUCAUGAAUGGCACAUCCAUGUCUUCUCCCAAUGCAUGUGGAGGCAUUGCAUUAGUAUUAUCAGGACUCAAAGCUAAUGAUAUUCAUUACACUGUUCAUUCUGUCAGAAGAGCUUUAGAAAACACUGCAGUGAAAGCUGAAAACAUAGAAGUAUUUGCACAAGGACAUGGUAUUAUUCAGGUCGAUAAAGCCUAUGACUACCUCAUUCAGAAUUCAUCAUUCACAAGUAACAUAGGCUUUACGGUUACUGUCGGCAGCAACCGUGGAAUCUACCUCAGAGACCCUGCCCAGGUAGCUGCACCUUCUGAUCAUGGGGUUGGAAUAGAACCUGUCUUUCCCGAGAAUACAGAAAACACUGAAAGAAUAUCUCUUCAGCUUCACUUAGCUUUAACUUCAAAUGCACCAUGGGUCCAGUGUCCUAGUCAUUUAGAGCUUAUGAACCAGUGUCGGCACAUCAAUGUCCGUGUGGAUCCACGUGGCCUGAGAGAAGGACUGCAUUAUACAGAGGUGUGUGGUUAUGAUACAGCAAUGCCUAAUGCAGGCCCUCUGUUCAGAGUUCCAGUAACUGUUGUUAUACCAACAAGAGUAGAUGAAUCAUCAAGCUAUGACCUGACAUACACAGAUGUUCAUUUUAAACCUGGUCAGAUCCGAAGGCACUUCAUUGAUGUUCCACAGGGUGCUACAUGGGCUGAAGUGACCGUAUGUUCGUGUUCAGCUGAUGUGACUGCCAAGUUUGUGCUUCAUGCUGUUCAGCUAGUGAAACAAAAAGCAUAUAGAAGUCACGAGUUCUACAAAUUUUCCUCCUUACCAGAAAAAGGAUCAGUGACUGAAGCAUUUCCUGUCUUAGCUGGAAAAACCAUUGAAUUCUGUGUUGCUCGGUGGUGGGCAAGCCUUAGCGAUGUUAGCAUCAAUUACACUAUUUCUUUCCAUGGUGUACUUUGUGCUACUCCUCAGCUAAACAUGCAUGCUUCAGAAGGCAUCGUACGAUUUGAUGUCGAGUCCCUGUUGAAGUAUGAAGACAUCGCUCCAUGCAUAAAUCUGAAAAGCUGGGUUCAAACGCUCAGACCCGUGAGUGCAAAAAUAAAACCUUUGGGCUCCAGAGACAUUUUACCAAAUAAUCGUCAACUGUACGAGAUGAUUUUGACCUAUAACUUCCAUCAGCCUAAGAGUGGAGAAGUAACACCAAGCUGUCCGCUUCUUUGUGAAUUGUUGUACGAAUCCGAAUUUGAUAGUCAACUGUGGAUUAUUUUUGACCAAAACAAAAGACAGAUGGGUUCAGGAGAUGCCUAUCCACAUCAGUAUUCUGUGAAACUGGAAAAAGGAGAUUAUACUAUUCGGUUACAAAUUCGUCAUGAACAGAACAGCGAGCUGGAUCGCAUCAAAGACCUUCCAUUUAUUGUUUCUCACAGGUUGUCUAGUACCUUGAGCUUAGAUAUUUACGAAAACCAUAGCCUUGCUCUCUUAGGGAAGAAGAAAUCCAAUAGUUUGAUAUUACCACCGAAACACAGUCAGCCGUUCUUUGUUACAUCUCUGCCUGAUGACAAAAUACCUAAAGGAGCAGGACCAGGAUGUUACCUUGCAGGAGCUCUUACAUUGUCUAAAACAGAACUUGGAAAGAAAGCUGAUGUCCUUACUGUUCACUAUCAUCUGAUACCAUCGCCAUCAAAGAGUAAGAAUGGCAGCAAAGAGAAAGAAAGAGAACAAGAAAAAGAAAAAGAUGUGAAAGAAGAAUUUGCUGAAGCUUUAAGAGACCUAAAAAUACAGUGGAUGACCAAGCUGGAUACCACUGACAUCUAUAAUGAGUUGAAAGAAGCGUUUCCUAAUCAUCUGCCCUUGUAUGUUGCAAGGCUUCAUCAGCUGGAUUCUGAAAAGGAACGAAUGAAAAGACUUGAUGAAAUUGUUGAAGCUGCAAAUACUGUAAUCUCUCAUAUUGAUCAGACAGCAUUAGCAGUGUAUUUUGCCAUGAAGACUGAUCCCAGGCCUGAUGCAACUACUAUAAAAAAUGAAAUGGAAAAACAGAAGACAACUUUAGUGGAUGCACUUUGUCGGAAAGGAAGUGCGCUGGCUGACCAACUGCUUCAUCUGCAGGCCCAGGAAGGGGCUGCUUCCAGUGAUGCAGAAGGCAAAGACGAGGAUCAUGACAGCUGCUCAGAAGCUUUGACAGAGACAUUCUGGGAAACAACAAAAUGGACUGAUCUUUUUGACAGCAAGGUUUUGACUUUUGCCUAUAAGCACGCGUUGGUAAACAAAAUGUAUGGGAGAGGUCUCAAGUUUGCCACAAAACUUGUGGAAGAGAAGCCAACGAAGGACAACUUGAAAAACUGCAUUCAGCUAAUGAAGUUGCUUGGAUGGACUCACUGUGCAACUUUCACUGAAAAUUCACUUCCUGUCAUGUAUCCACCUGAUUACUGUGUAUUCUAGAAAACCAACCAUUGUAAACUGAAAGUGAUUUUAUAUGGGGCAGGAUAUGAAAAGAUAAGUUUGACUUUUUAUUGGAACGCAUGUCUUCAUUACUGAAUGCUGAUUAUUAAAUUGUGUGUAUUUAUCAGUGAAGGCACCUGGGUACAGCUUAAUACCUGUUAACCGAAUUCCCGCCAUCAGGGAGUUUCCUUAUUGUGCAUCCCAUUGCUGGCAAUGGAUGUGCCAGAACUGCCAACACAGAGGAUUUGGAAUUAGGCUGGAAAGGCUUGCUGCAUGCAUGUUAGGUUCAUAACUGUUACUUUUAACUGCAAACCUGUAAAAGCUCUGUCUUUUUUACAGUAAACUGAAUUUUAACACG